AACCCCCAAACAAUAGUGCAAUGGGGAGUAAAAUAAAGGGAAGUUUGAUAAAAGAAAAAUAUUUUUUUCUACAUAGAGGUUACCCAGGGAAAUUUGAGAAUAUUUUGAAAAAGUGGUUGGAGGCUCUUGAGAUGGAAAGAGAUAUAUAAUAUGGGAAAGGAUCCUGAGAGGAGAGGAGUGACUGAAGAGAAAAAAAGAAGAUUUUAUUUUAAUUUUCUUCUUAUAGAUACUCUAUAAACUUAAGGAAAAAAGGAGGGGAAAAGGAGUAACCAUAUACGCUGAACUGUAAGCCAUUGCAUGUUCUCUUGGGAUACAUGUGAUUUCAGUGCUCUCUCUCUAGCAGUUGUUAGGCAAGAACUCUCCAGCAAGUAACUAAGGAGCGAUUAAGAGUGAGGCAGUGCACUGUGUGCAUCCAGGAAUCUGCUGGCAUGGAGCUGCUCGUUCAUCAGAUUUUCACUGUCCUAGGACUUCUGUUCUGCCUGCAACUUAUGCUGAAAUUUGUAGGAUUUUCCAAAUACAUAUUUCCACGACUUUGGGGAGUACCAUCACCCUCCUUCUUUCAAUCAAUGGGAAAAUGGGCAGUUGUGACUGGGUCUGGAGAUGGAAUUGGUAAAUCAUACUCAAUAGAGCUUGCUAAUCGUGGCAUGAACAUUGUGAUGAUCAGCCGAACCCUUGAGAAAUUGCAACGCAUUGCUAAGGAGAUUGAGCAGGCUACAGGGAGACAUGUUAAAUUAAUACAAGCCGACUUUACACAAAAUAAAAUAUAUGAACGCAUUGAAGAAAGUCUGAAUGGUCUGGAAAUAGGAAUUCUAGUUAACAAUGUCGGAAUGCUUCAUAACCCUGAUCCAUGUUGUUUUCUUGCUGGACCAAAUAAUGAUGAGAAUCUGAUUAACUGCAAUGUGAUUUCUGCUGUUAAGAUGACAAGAAUAAUAUUGAAACAAAUGGAAGAAAGAAAAAAAGGUCUUGUGUUGAAUAUUUCUUCUGGGUUUGGUACAUUUCCUUGUCCACUUUAUGCACUAUAUUCUGCCUCCAAGGCAUUUUUAACAACAUUUUCCAAAGCUCUACAAGCUGAGUAUAAAUCCAGUGGAAUCAUUAUACAGGCAAUUACGCCAUAUGGUGUUUCAACGCCAAUGACAAAAAACACAUCAACAAAUAUGAUAACAAAAUCUUCAAUGGACUUUGUAAAAGAAUCACUGAAUCAUGUUACCCAAGGAAGUGAGACAUAUGGCUGCCUUGCACAUGCUACUAUGGGACUCAUCAUGAACACUAUUCCUCUCUGGGUGAUUCAUAGCACGAAAGUACAAGAACAUUUCCUGCGCUUGUUUAGAAAGGAACAGAAAAAAGAGUAACAUUCAAAGCAUGACAUUCUGCCACAGUAAAAUGGACAUAGUAUUGUGCCAUGCAAUAUAAUUUUAUACUACUGACAUCACCAAUGCAUGCAUUUGGAUAGAAGGGAAUUGUACAAAAAAUUUGAAUGCCAAAUAUAAUUAUUUUUAGUUUCGAUUUAUAAAGCUAGAUUAUACAGUCAAGAAGACUUAUUCUGCUCUGAACCAUUAUUUCAGAGCUAAAAUGUGUUAUACUUUUGACCUUUACAUCAGAAAGUACCACACAAGCAGUUCAAAAUAAAACAAAAGAGCAAAUCAUAAAAAAAUAUUCAAAAUACCUUAUCUUUUAAUAUUAAAAAAACAAUCAAUAUCUGGUGAUGUGCUGUUAAUACAUUGUGAAGAUGUUAGAGUGCCAACAUGGGCAGGCAUUGUAAUUUUGUAGGAAGGGUGUCAUGACUGUAAUCAUGUUAUUGUUAAGGCAUUAUCAUUGGACAUUUUUAUAUAAUUGUAAGACCCAUGGGAGUGGAUUUGUUGUCUGCAGCACUGGUUUCAUACAUUCAUGGAUCCUUCCUUGUCUUCCCUACAUAACAUUUUUUAUGUUGAGUUGGAAAGGUCUGCUCAUGUUUGCCUGUUAACAACUAGUCCUUUGCCAUUUCACCCCUACAGUGUGUGCCUGUAUGACUGUGAUAGUGACAUUAGAUUGCAAGCUUCUUAGGGAGCACAAAGUCACGUAAAUAUUUUUGUAAAAAAAGUGAUCUAUAUCCCGUGAUAUCAUGGGUAAGGCUACAGUAUGUUUUACGAUAUGUAAUACUUUACAGUAGCCUUCAUAAAUAAAAUAAAGUAUACCAAAGACUACAGUUGUUUUACAAGUAAGAAAUUGAGAGAAUUUUGUAUUUAACCACUUCAGUACAGGGUAUUUUCACUCUCUUC